AUGAGAAAGUUGGCACUGGAUUUUGGAAUCGAUGGACUGACCCUCGGUGUUGUAUCAGAUGAAACUGACUCGGAAGAGGUUAAAGCGGCUCUCGAAGAAAAGUACCAGAAAAUUGGCAAGGAAAUUGGUGCAAUUUUGGAAAGCUACGAUGAAGGGGAUAUGAAACUCGAUGAAUGCGUCCAAGAUAUCUUCAAAAUUGCCUCCGGUGAGAAGUUUGGAUGCCCAAAUAUCAACGAAAUAUUCUUCCGAUUCACUGAAUAUGCUGUUGAAAAGGUUCGAAAACCUCAACUCCCCAAACUUGGAUUUAUGUUGUGUCUUGCACUGCAAGACAAAGAGAAGAAGCCCGAAGCUUUGGCAGGAAUGUCGCGGUACUGCACAUUGGCUGUCGAAGCUGAUAUGUGGAUGGAUAUUCCUGACAUCUGGAGCAAAUUAGCUGACUUAUUGGUGAAUGCCGUGUACUGCGAUCAAAAUCUAACAUCCGGCUUGCGACCAUCUUUCAAAGAUUUUACGACUGUGUUCUUGGAAGCAUCAAAAGACGACCGAAAGGACAAGUCCUUUGAAUUGCUGGUUAUAUCACUUAAGAGAAUGGCGGAGAUGAAUGCAAAAGUGGAUGCUAACGAUCAUGCAACGAUGUCAUCGUUUGUCUAUCAGAAAGAGGUGUUGCCAUUCCUCCAAAAUAUUGAUCAGGGAAAGCUGGAUGGAGCACUACGGGCGUGCCGACCCGAAGUGCCCGGGUUUGAAGACUUAUACGCGGUGUUGCAUCAUCAUUAA